CGAUAGUGCAAAUUGUAUAAUACAUGUCUGUAAUGGAGAUGCGAGUUAAUUAGUGAGCGAGUCGGGGACUGCGAACAUUUAGAUCGAGGCAAUAAGGAGGCCAGCAGAAAGCCGGCUCUUGCGCAGAAUUAACAAGCGGAAACUAAAACUGAUCGCCAGCGAAGAGUGUUGUGUUGCUGUUCAUCGCAAGUGAUGUCGAGCAGGGCAAAAUGUCCGCAUCGCAGGAUCGGGAUUCAUUCUACGACCAACUCCUUUCUGCUUCAAUUUUCCCCGAUUUCGAGGGCCUCUCGAAACUCGCCACCAACGAUUUUUUCCACGACUCGAACAAGAUCGACUGGGUCCUCGAGAAAGCUCUGGUGAACAAGGACACAAGGAUCAUCGUCUUUCUGCUGGCAUCAGGUCUCGGUAUUCACAGACUCAACGAUGCCAACCAGACAGCGCUUCACCUGGCUGUCCGUCACGACUACCUCGACAUCGUCGACACCCUUUUCGACCACUGCAAAAUAAACUGCAGGGACGUCCACGGACUGACGCACUUCCACGUCGCGUGUAUAGCUGGUAACGUGGAGAUGGCGAAACAUUUUCUCUCGAAUGGAGUGGAUGUUGAUGUCGUUGAGACGAAAGACUUCUUCACGCCCCUUCACUUCGCUGUGGCGUACAGGAGAAUCAAGGUGAUCGAGUUGCUCCUGAAGAACGGAGCCGAUCCGAACGCUUUGGAUCGUUGCUACCGGACUCCGUUGCACCUCGUCUGUCUGGAUCAUUCCAGAGUAGUGGCGAAAAAGCGAUCAAUCGACAGGGUGGCUGUGGACGAUGAGCUUCGAAUCCUCGAGCUCCUCAUCGAAUUCGGUAGCGACGUUAAUUCUAAAGACCAGGUGGGAGACACACCGUUGAUGUGCGUCUUUAAAGACAGCUAUCCAGAGCGAGUCUUUUCGCAAAUGCACUGUGGUGAAGUUGAGAAACGCAAAGUUCUCGAUGAUUACCGUCAACUCCAAAAGCGCAAAGUCGAGUUGCUCCUGAGGAGCAAAGCCAACGUUCGGCAGGUCAACGGUGACGACGAAACUGCACUGCACGUCGUGAUCAGUGACAUAAGAAGAUCGAGAGCGUCUUGUAAACUUCAUUAUCUGGACGACGCUGUCAAUGUGGAAGUGGCAGAUCUACUGCUGAAACACGGAGCGCGGGUCAAUGCCCGGAAUAAGAGGAACGAAACGCCCUUGCAGAUUGCUGUCUCGAUUAUGAGUCUUGGGACUGUGAAGAUUCUGCUAAGUCACGAUGCAGAGGUCCAAGUUCUGAGAUUCGAGGAAGGCUGCUUUCACUACUCUGCCGCCGAUGACUUGCCUUGUCUGGAAGUAACGGAGAGUCUGAUUGGAAUAGUCGAGGUGCUUAGGGAUAGAGGAUUUCAAAUGAGCCCGGGAGACAACCUAGCUGUUCUUAAUUUCUUCGUUCCCAACAACGAACGAUUCUGCCGUGGCCACAGGAAGGACAAGGAUGCAGCUUACAAGAUGAUGAAUCUACUGGAGUAUGGAACAUCAGAAAUCAUUCAGAGUGCCUUGAAUAACUUCCCGGCGAACCUCGAUGACACGAGCCUCCCGGAGCAGUUUUCGAGAAAACAUGUGAUCCAACAGAUUCAGCUGUACUUGUCAACUCUGACAAUUGGAAAACUCUAUCUUGACGACGGCACGCGACAGUACCUCCAAGAGAAGCUCUUGAAUCUUCGAAAGUAUCUCCUGGGCUUUAUGUUCACCAGCGAUACAACGAAUCAGACAUACCUGACUAGUCUACAAAACGAAGUACAACUGAUGAAGUCGACCAUGCUGACGAAAUACUCCUCUCUGCACGACACUCUGCGCAAGAACCCUCACAAAAUUCGAUCGCGUGAAUUGUCAUCGAUCUUGAAAUCGCAAGAUUUUUCCAACCGGUUUUCACGUUGUAUUGGUAUAAUUAAGGGCCACUGCACGAAAGGUCUCAUCAGACACUACGUUUCUCAAUCGGCGGAGGAGUGUCUGUCAUCGAUGCUAGAGGUGAGGCUGCCGCAUCUGUGCUGCGAGAGAAUAUGCGAGUACCUGAACAACGAGUCUCUGGUUAAUGUGUGUACGGCCGCGGCAAUCGGCGAGUCGAAUCGCGAAAUGACAAUUAGCGAUGGAACUAGAUCUGGAGCUUGAGGUAAUUGUGCUGAUUGGGUGCGGUGACGUAAGGUUUUUUUUUUUUUUUAAUAGAGCUAUUCGGUCAUUCGCGCAUGACCGAAUGGGUCAGGCUAUUUAUUUAUGACCAAAGUACUAUGUACAUUCAUUUGUCAUGUGUGCGCUUUCUCGUAUACGGCUUUAUCAGCGUUUGAAUGUUAAACAUUCCUAUGUAGAAUAAUCGUUAUAAGAUCUGUCAAUUCGUCGUAAGAGCUGAUCAAUAAUACUGCAACAUUGUAAAUGACUUAUUCUAAAUCACAAGUCUAAUUAAUUCCAUUGUACCGCAUAAUAUAUGAACACAACCAUCGAACAGUUCA